AACAUCAAUUUGACGAUUCUCGAUCUCUUACACGACUAUUUAACGCAUCUACUGUUCAAUUUUCUCCGAAAUCAAGAUGAAGGUUCUCAGCCUCAACUUCCUCACUUGCGCCGUCAAGGCCUGCAAGUCCUCCAAAGACUCAUACCCUCUUCACCCCAAGGACGCUGAACUCGUCCAAGACGAUAUUGAGUUGAACCCUGACAUGAUCCUCAACGUGCUGCCCCGUCUUGACUGGACAGCUCUUUGCACAACGGCCUCUGAGUUGGGUUUCCCUCAGCUCCCUGAACAGCCUCCCACAGCAGUUGAGCUUCGGGCUGAUGAGAAGACCCUCAAAGAUCUUCACCAUCUUCUUCUCGAGACUCAAAUGUCUGAGGGAAAACUCGUUUGUGGUAACUGUGGGCACCAGUACGCCGUCAAGGAGGGUAUUGCCAACUUUUUGCUGCCCAGCCACUUGGUGUAAAGAUGACAAUACGAGCCAAGAUCAGUUACGUUUGCAAAAUUCCAUUGGAGAUGCAUCACCACUAGAGAGGUCGGUUGUUAUGACUAGAGGUGUCAUAACGGAGUUUGGCGUUGAAUUCUUUCAUAGCUUCGAAUCGCAUCUGGAAAAAGUACUCAAUAAAUUUGGGUCAAGACCCUUUAUCUGGA